AUGGACUUAAUCUUUGAGCCCCAAAAGAGAAAACCCUUCACCAUAGAAGUCGGUUAUUUCGACACAGUCGAAGAGAUCAAACAGAAGGUUGAGAAAUACCAACGCAUUCCCGUCUCCGACCAAACCCUAGUCUUCAACGGCCAAGUUCUUCCCGACGACGGCGACAUCGCCAGCUGCGUGCUUCUCCACAACUCCCGCAUCAACCUCAUCAUCGCUUCCGACGAGAAAACAGUAAGCCUCAACGUGAAAAUCCCCACCCCCGAACAGCAUGUCGCGACGAUAGAAAUCGACGUAGACGACACCGUUCUCAACCUGAAGAAUAAGAUUCUUCAGGUGGAGAAAACCCUCGCCGCCGCGAACCGCUCCUUACUGGUGCUUCACUCCAAAGGUCCCGAAUUGCAAGAUCAUCGUACUUUCGGUGAAUGUGAGGUUUCCGAUGGUGCUGAGAUCGAGGUGAGUUCUAGGAGGCCUGUGUCGAACAAGAAGUUGAAGGUGAUCUUGCAGAGCAAGUGCGAGACCAUGAGGAUUCCGGUGGAGGUGAACCCAGCGGAUAACGUUAUGGAGCUGAGGAAGGAGUGUCAGAGACUGAACCAGGAGGUCAACUUCCCUUUGCCGCCGGAGGGUUAUUUCUUCAUUCACAAGCAAGCCGUGAUGGACGACAACAGGUCGUUUUGGUGGCACAAUGUUGGCAAUGGCAACAUCAUUGAGGUCUUUCCUGGAAGUGUUUCAGGUGGGUCGUGA